AAACAGGUUUAGUUGGCAGCGGCUGCGUUCCGAGAUGUCGGCCGGCGGCUUGGGGGUCGAGCUGCAAUGCUCCGUCUGCCUGAGCGUUUACACGGACCCGGUUACCCUGAGCUGCGGCCAUAACUUCUGCCUGCUCUGUAUCAGCGAGCACUGGGACAAUCAGAAGCACCGGGAAUACUCCUGCCCCGAAUGCAGAGAGAGGUUCAAGAGGAGACCCGAGCUCCGACGAAACCUGAGGCUCUGCAGCAUAGCGGAGCACUUUGUAUCCGCAUCGCCACGGCAACCGGACAACGCAAUCCUCUGCGCUUACUGUAAGUCGCCCGUACCGGCCGUAAAAACGAUCCCGCCGGCCGAUACCCAGCCCAGGGUAAGGAGCAGAUCGGUCGAUCAGGUCCCCGCUAAACCGGGGAGCGGAAAAUGCUCCGUCCACAAGGAGCUGGUAGAGUAUUCCUGCUCCAGGUACGCCGCCUGCAGCUGCGUCUACUGCCGGCUGGACAGAGAGCAGAAGUGACGCCAGAACGCGGUCCUCAACGAGGAAAGAGAGCAAGACCGUGUGAAAAA